AUGAUAGGACUGUGGGUAGAGGGAAGCAAGAAAUCGCGGGACGCAGCUACAGAUCUUCACCGUAGCCUGUCUACUGCGAUUCGUACUCAGAUGGAUAGGUGGCGCGUAUCCAAUCAAAAUCAGAGUACCUCAUGGCCCAUGGCAACGUAUCAGAGCGUGCUCCUGCAAUGUAUUUUUGCGUUAUUUCUCGCAGGGGACAGGGCAGCCAUUGAUCUGAACUUGCGAUACCGGAUUCAGGAUGACGAGUACGACCUUCUGGUGACUCUGGUCGAAAGCUGUCGGCUAGGUGGUAUUUUCUCGUAUCCAAACAUGCUUGCACAACACAGCUCGGCAGUCCCGCUGACGCUGGUGUGGCUGAAUAUCGAGGAGAUAAAGCGGUUCGGAUUAGCCCUCUAUAAGGUGUGCCGAAUGUCUACUCGCCUAGAAACAACUGGCGCAGAUGCCAGCAGUGCCGAAAGUGAGCUUUUGACCCUGGCCGAUUUGUCCUUUGGUAUGCCGGAUAGCGAUGAAGCGUGGAAUAGUACAUCGGGAGAAGGCUCUGAGGCGCGUCAACAAGAGGUAGCGUUUCAGACAAAACUGAGGGACAGUCGGGACCCGACAGGGUGGAUUUCGCAGUCGUCGAGUGUGCUGUCCAAUGCGCGCGUUGCCUUUGACUGGAUAUAA